GGGCUCCCGCCGCCCCCUCCAGCGUCGGCUCCCGGGCGGCGGCAUCGGGAUGGCGGCGGCGGCGGGCGCGCUGGGGGCAGCUCCCGGGGCGGGCGGCGCGGCCGGGCCCCCGGCGGGUCCGUGCGGGGCGGCGGGGUCCGGGCCGGUCCCGGUGCCCAUGAACCUGUUCGCCACCUGGGAGAUCGACCGCUCGGCGCCCAGCUGCGUGCCCCGACUCUGCAGCCUGCGCCUGAAGAAGCUCACCGUGCUGAGGGAGCUGGACAAGGAGCUGAGCUCGGUGCUCAUCGCCGUGAAGAUUCAGGGUUCAAAGCGAGUCCUGCGAUCCAAUGAAUACGUCCUUCCACCUGGGGGCCUGAUGGAGACUGACCUGGAACUGACUUUUUCUUUACAGUACCCACAUUUCCUGAAGAGAGAUGGCAACAAGCUGCAGAUUAUGCUGCAGCGAAGGAAAAGGUACAAGAACCGCACAAUCCUGGGCUACAAGACUCUGGCGGUGGGAAUCAUUAACAUGGCGGAGGUGAUGCAGCACCCCACAGAUGGAGGGCAGCUUCUGGGCCUCCACAGCAACAUGAAGGAUGUGAGCAUCCGAGUGGCUGAAAUCAGCAUCUACUCCCUGUCCAGCCAGCCCAUUGACCAUGAGGAUGGCAGCGUCCUCUCCGGCCCCAAAAUCAAAGCCUCGGAUCGCUCUCCAGACAUGGAUAACUACUCGGAGGAGGAUGAAGACAGCUUCUCUUCCGAGCAGGAAGCUAGCGACGAUGCUGUGCAAGGCCAGGAUCUGUACGAUGAAGAAGAUGAAGUGAGGAAGCCGAAGAAAGCCCGGAGGAAAAUGAUCAGAACCACGUCCGUGAGCAGACAACCGAACUUCAAGCAGAAAUUUGUUGCUUUGCUGAAGAGAUUUAAAGUGAUGGAUGAGGUUCUGGACUCCGACCCGGUGGGUCAGACCCGAGAAGUGGAGGAGGACCUGGGGCUGCUGUACGACAGUUUGGAGGAAUGCAACAACAGCGACAGUGGCCCCGAGCUGGAGGAUAAUGAGAGCGUGCACAGCACCCCCAAGCCGACCCUGAGGCGUUUCUUUGAGGGUGUCUCUCACUCGGAUUCCCAGACUGAGAUUGGUAGUCUGCACGGGCAGGAACGGGAGUCCAGCAGCCCUGGACAAGCGGAGAAGCGCAAGGCCGGAGCUCCGCGGGCCCUGGAGGAAGUGGGCGUGGAGGUGGUGGCCGCAGUGCUGGAGCCAGAGGAGCCCUCCCCACGCCCCGGGGCGGCAGAGACAGCCAGGCGGGAGAGCAGUGCUGACAGGCUGGCCCAGCUGGGCAGCGCCGGCAAGCCUGAGCCCCCAAACGCUGUGUCGCCCAGCAAAGCUGAAAGCAGACAGGUGUGGCGGCCCCGCAGCACCUCCAUGAAGGACCGGCAGAACUUGAAGGGGCAAAGCGACUGCACCAGCAGCCUGGACAGUGAAAACUCACCAGACUCACGGCACAGCGCCCAGGUGCCCCGGAAAUCUGUCUAUGAUCAGCUGAACCAGAUCCUGAUCUCAGAUGAGCAGCUUCCAGAGAGCAUCAUCCUAGUGAAUGUCGCUGAGUGGCAAGGGCAGUACUUGAGCGAGCAGCUCCAGGCGCACAAACAACCUGUCGUCUCCACCUGGUCCGUGGCCGACGUCCAGGCUGCCUUCAACACCAUUGUCGCCCGCAUCCAGAGAUACUGUAACUGCAACUCUCACAUGCCUCCCCCAGUCAAAGUGGCCGUGGCGGGAGACCAGAGCUACCUGAGUGUUGUGCUGCGGUUCUUCGUGGAGCAGCUGGCCAGCAAAACCCCUGACUGGCUGAACUACCUCCGCUUCCUCGUGGUACCACUGGGCUCACACCCGCUGGCCAAGUACCUGGCGUCCGUGGAUGGGAGGUACAGCGCUCUCUUCCUGGACACGGCGUGGAGGGAGCUGUUCAGCCGGGCUGAGCCCCCCAGCACAGACACCGUGGACGUCCCUGGCCGCGUGGCUCAGUUCAUUGCAGGAGCCAGCCAGUCUCACCAGCUGCCCAUCUCCGAGGCCAUGCUCACGUACAAACAGAAGAGGAAGAGAAGCCUCUAUUUUGAUUUUUAUAUCAGCCCAGACGAUGACUCCUGCCAGAAGUUUGUGCCAUUUGUCGGGGUGGUGAAGGUGGGGCUCGUGGUACAGUCCUUCAGCGCCUCAGUGGACUCUGACGAUGCCACGGUCUGCACCAGUUCCCUGCUGAGCUCCACACCUCCAGCCGGCGCAGGGACCCCCCACAGCAAGGAGGUCAUGGGCACCCCGCCGCCCUCCCCAUCCGUCAGCAGCAGCCUCUUGGGGGCUGGGUCCCUGAGCCCCGGCAUGGAGGUGAUGGGCCUGCAGGUCGACUACUGGACAACCCAGGGGCCGGAGAAGAAGAAGGAGGGAGAGAAGCGGGAGAUGGGCUUGAAGAACACGCUGAAGAGCAACUUUCGAUCCUUGCAGGUCAGCCGCAUGCCCAGCCCUGGGGAGCUGGUCCCCCCCAGCACCAUGGCCAUGACCGUGGUCACCAAGGAGAAGAACAAGAAAGUGAUGUUCCUGAGUAAGAAACCCAAGGAGAAGGACCUGGAGCCCAAAAGCCAAGUCAUUGAAGGGAUUACACGCCUGAUCUGUACGGCUAAGCACCAGAACACCAUGCUCCGAGUGUCCAUCGAUGGCGUGGAGUGGAACGAUGUGAAGUUCUUCCAGCUAGCAGCACAGUGGCCAACACAUGUCAAGCAUCUCCCCGUGGGCAUCUUUGGCUACUCGAAGAGCGUAUGAGCCAGCCGGGCAGCCUGGGAGCCAGGACUCUGCUGAGUGUGGCAGGAGGAGGCGAUGUCCAUGGCCUGUCGCUUCUGCUGAGCACUGGGGGAGGUUCCUGCUGCCCAGCUCCAGGUGCUGUGCCCUGACCGUUCCCACUCUGUUUCCUUCCCCCUCGGGGCUUUUAACAUGCAGCUAGAACUGGUGCAACAGGGGCUUCCAGAGCUGCAGUGCCCAAGCCAGCCUCCCACCGGCCAGGGACAGGGAGCUACUGGAGGGAGUCUUAUGGGUGCUGUGCCUGUGGGGGCAGAACAGGCUGCUCUGGCUCCCGCCCGGAGGCCAGCUCAGCCACUUGCACCCUACGACAAGAGCCUAACACAGUCGCCCCCUUUCGGAAGCACCAGGGCCCCACUGGCAGCUCCAGGGAGUGAGGGGCUGUCACCCCUUGCUCAACGGCUUGGUGAGCCUGGGCUCAGGGCCCUGCAGCACCCCAGAGGCCAUGGGGCUGCAGGGCUGAGCCUGGGCCCAGCUCUUCCCCCCUGCUAGGGAACACAGUGGGCCAGCUGAGGCUCACCUAGAGCUGCAUGGAGGAAGCCACAAAUGUGGCAGGUGGGGGCCUCCUCUACCAUCAGCUGUGGGGCCCCAGCGCUAGGAAGAGUGAAGGGGGGAGCUGUGCCUGCAGCAGAACCACCCGGGGUUCUCUGGGCCCUGGGGGGCAGCGCACUGCAGGAACUCAAGGCAGGUGUGCUUGGUAGUGCCCAUGCUGCCAUGUGCUCCAUGGUGAGGUCCCAGGCACUGGCCCAGGGGGGAGCAGAAAGCUGGGCUGGCCCAGCUGUGCCCUCAGGGCCAGGAGCCAGCACCCAGCCAUUCACUGAGCCUCCACCCGUCAGUCUGAGCUGCAGCUCCUUGCUACAUCAGCCCCCCACACCUGUCCUUGGCACCCCCUUCCCAGAAAUGCUAGGGGCAGGCCCACCUGCUGCUCCGGAGCAAUGGGGCUCAGGAGGAGGCUGGGCUGCAGAUGGGGGAACCCUGGGCACGGCUGUGUCUUCCCAUUUACUGCUGGCAUGGGGUUCACAGUAGCAUGGCAGCCCUGGCACUGGGGCUGAUGUCACACUCCUGCCCUCCACUUGGAAGGCUCCAAGCCCAGCCCCUCGGAGCCAAGGGAGCGUUACCCUGUUUUUUUACAAGAUUCUAUUUUUUUUAAACUUACUGUAUGGUUGCUUUUCUGGAUUAAUUUUAAUAAAUUAAUGCUGGUACCACUCUGA